ACUCACUAUUAUUGUUAGAGAAGAAACCAACACUACCCUCUCCAAUAAAGUGUUUUUCUGUACACAAAAUUCUUAAAACAAACUAAUAAAAAACAAUUAAAAUUAAUCAAAAAAAGACACUCUUAAGAAAAGCAGAAUAAAGGAAAGAGAGAUUGGUUUCUUUUCCUUUUCUCUUGCAGACUCUGCUAAGCAUCUUUGCCUCACUUUCUCAUCCUUUUUCUCUCUUCUCACUCUUUCUCACAAUUUUUUAUUUUUUAAUUUUAUAUUUUUCAGCUUCUUCUACUUCACCUUCUUCAUAUUAUAGCUACAAAUUCCUUUCUUAGCUAAUUAUUUUAGCUACAAAAGUUCAUUUCUCAGAUUUCUCAUUUUUGACACAGUAAAUGCAAGUUUCAAUCUUUUCUCUUGAAAAUUCACAACCCAAUUGACCCUUUUAAGAGCUUAAUUUUCUCCCACUUUCUCAUCUUCAAUUGAUCUGAAAAAACUGAUUUUUUUCUCAUUGGGUUAUUCAUGGGACUCUGUCAUGGAAAACCCAUUGAAACUUCACAAAAAGAAAGAGAAAUUUCAUCUUUCCCAAGUGAAGAAAUUCUUCAACUUCCACCACCAUCAAGCUCUCAUCAUCAUCAUCAUGCAAAAACUAAAUCAUCUUCAAAGUUUCCAUUUUUCAGUCCAAGUCCAUUACCAAGUUUCUUCAAAAACUCACCUGCAAAUUCAAAUUCAAAUUCUAGUGUGAGUUCAACUCCUCUUCGGAUCUUUAAACGACCCUUUCCUCCUCCUUCUCCGGCAAAGCACAUUCGAGCGCUGCUCGCGAGACGCCACGGCUCUGUGAAGCCUAAUGAAGCCACAAUUCCUGAAGGGAGUGAGUGUGAAGUUGGGUUGGAUAAAAGUUUUGGUUUUUCUAAGCAUUUUGUGACAAAUUUUGAGAUUGGAGAUGAAGUUGGUCGUGGCCAUUUUGGUUAUACUUGUUAUGCUAAGGGUAAAAAAGGAGGCUUUAAGGGUCUUGAUGUUGCUGUUAAAGUCAUUCCUAAAUCUAAGAUGACAACGGCAAUUGCGAUAGAGGAUGUAAGAAGAGAAGUGAAGAUAUUGCGAGCUCUAACCGGUCAUAAGAAUUUAGUACAAUUCUAUGAAGCCUAUGAAGACGACGAAAAUGUUUAUGUAGUUAUGGAAUUGUGCAAAGGAGGUGAAUUGCUAGAUAAGAUUCUUUCCAGGGGCGGAAAGUACUCAGAAGAGGAUGCCAGAGUUGUUUUGAUUCAGAUAUUAAGUGUGGUAGCUUAUUGUCAUCUACAGGGCGUUGUACACCGUGAUCUCAAGCCAGAGAAUUUUCUUUUUAGUUCCGAGGAUGAAAAUUCCGCACUGAAGGCAAUUGACUUUGGACUCUCUGAUUAUGUAAAGCCAGAUGAGAGAUUGAAUGAUAUUGUUGGAAGUGCAUAUUAUGUUGCUCCUGAAGUUUUGCAUAGAUCUUAUGGGACAGAAGCAGAUAUGUGGAGCAUUGGUGUAAUUGCUUAUAUUCUGUUAUGUGGAAGCCGACCUUUUUGGGCAAGGACAGAAUCCGGCAUAUUUCGAGCUGUUCUUAAGGCAGACCCGAGUUUCGAUGAAGCUCCUUGGCCUUCUUUAUCGGCUGAUGCAAAAGAUUUUGUGAAGAGGCUGUUGAAUAAAGACUAUCGUAAAAGACUAACUGCAGCUCAGGCUCUCGGUCAUCCAUGGCUGGUGAACCACUUAGAGGAUGUAAAGAUACCGUUUGAUAUGAUAAUCCACAAGCUCAUCAAAACUUACAUAUGCUCAUCUUCUUUACGCAAAUCAGCAUUAGGGGCUCUUGCCAAGACAUUGACAUUGGUGCAGUUAGCAUAUCUCAAAGAACAAUUUACUCUUUUAGGGCCAAACAAAAGUGGACUAAUCUCUAUGCAGAACUUCAAGACGGCUGUUUUAAAGAGCGCCACUGAUGCCUCAAAGGAUUCACGAGUCUUAGAUUAUGUGAACACGGUUAGCUCAAUCCAAUAUCGAAAAUUAGAUUUUGAGGAAUUUUGUGCUGCAGCUAUAAGUGUCCAUCAACUGGAGGGAAUGGAUACGUGGGAACAACAUGCAAGGCGUGCUUACGAGCUGUUUGAAAAGGAUGGAAAUAGACCAAUUAUGAUCGAAGAGCUUGCCUCGGAACUCGGGCUUAGCCCCUCAGUACCUAUCCACGUGGUACUCCAAGAUUGGAUAAGACACUCAGAUGGAAAGCUUAGUUUCUUAGGAUUUGUCAGACUCCUGCACGGAGUUUCUUCUCGCACAUUUCACAAGGCUUGAUAGAAAAUACGCAUGAUUGCUAUUGUUUUUUCUUGCGCCCCUUCUGAUGAGAUUUGAAUGCAUGACUCAUGAGCAAAACUACAGCAUCAUGUCUGUUCAUUAUGAUUCCAAACAUGGCUUUUGUAAAGUCAAUAGCCUAUAUAUAUAUAGCUUGUUGGGAGUUGCCUUUUGAUGAUGCUAUAUGCAACAUCUCUUGUUGUUAAAUGCCCCUUUGAGCGUUUUACAAACCGAAAACACUUUCCUCCACCCUUGUUUUAUUGUUCUCUUUAAGUUUGAGACCGAUGGUGCUGGAGUUAGAGGCUUGUACAGAUUAAAGUAGAGCACAAGUUGUACUUAGGAGUAGUGGAACUUUUAUAAAAUGAGUUGUGUUUUCGGGUUUAUCUCUUGUGUACCCCCCUGGAACUUAUGAAUAAACUCUUUCAAAUGUGAACUCCUUCAUAGUCGACAAUGCAACUUUUUUUUAUAA